AUGGAAAAUGAACAAAACACUAACAACAUUGCUUUUUAUGUAGUGCGCAAAGCACAUAUAAUCCAGAGACAAUUAUUCGUCUCUGGUUCGUUUUUAAGUGUUUUCGUGUUAACUGUUGACAGAUUCUUGGCAAUCCAUCUUCAUCUCAGAUACCAGGAACUUGUGACUCACAAGCGGGUUGUUGCUGUAGUAGUUAGUACUUGGGCGUUUAGAGCAUCAAUUACUUUCCUUCGUCAGUUUUAUUUAACCAAGGGUUCUUUACCUGCAAUCAUUGUAGUUGUUUGUAUCAUAACUACAGGAUUGCUUUAUUGCAAAAUAUACGCAGCCGUGAGACACCACACAAAUCAGAUUCACGUUCUGCAAGUACAACAAGUAGCACAGAAUGGAGAAAUGCCAAAUGCAGCGAGACAGAGGAAAAUGGCAGUUGCUACAUUUUACGUGUAUGUGGUGUAUUUAGUUUGCUACUUGCCAGUAGCUUGUAUUGUUUUUGCUAAGACCAAUGGUGAAACUGUCUUGUUAUCACGUUUAGAGUAUUUCACAUUGACUCUUGGGUAUCUUAAUUCAUCUCUCAAUCCCUUGAUCUACUGUUGGAAGAUGAGACACAUUCGACAAACUGUUAUGGUAAUACUUCGAAACAUCUUUCCGAGCGGUUAAAAAACAAGGCUUUGCAGUUUAGAUGACUGCCCUGUUUUGCUUGCUAUUCAUGCAAUACUAAUGAAAAAAAAACACUAAAUAUAACCAGGACCUAGAAUGGAAGCUCUAAGACUAUCUGUUUAAAGUUAACGGGAUAAAAAUGACUUAGUAUAAGUAAAUUAUAUUUUUGCUUUGAAAAAAUUGUAGCAAAUUAAGAAAGCUCUAGCCCCAGUUGUUCAAAAGCUGGAUAGCGCUUUCCACCGGAUAAAUUUCUAUCCAGUAGUAACUAUCCAGUGGAUAAGUAUUACGGAAACUAACUGAGUUUAAUAUCCAGUGGAAAGAGAUUUAUCCGGCGGAUGGACCUAUCCACCUUAGAACAACUGAGGCCUGAAAUAAAUUUCAUCAAACUCGGAAAGAGUGUAGAAAAGUCAAGUGGCUUUCAAUAAAUGAGUGACCUUUUUCAAAUGAGUGGCAUUUUUUAUUGCGAUAUAUACGCGCGCAGUCAUUCGGCACAAUGCAAAUCAGAUACUCGGGCCUACACGCCCAACAAGUAGAGCCAAUGGAGAAAUAGCGGGGGUAUAGCUGAGUGGUCGUUCGAAAAUGAUGCGUCUCGUUAAGUAUCAGCCUAGUCUCGAAAUCUCGACAUUCGAGAUAAGAGUCUAAGUCCCCGAUUAUAUGGAGAAAAGUUGUCCUGGGAAAGAGGGUCACCCUCCCAGAGGAUUCAACCAGUUAUAUGAGAAAAAAGUUGACCCUCUGCUUGAGCCAAGAGCUGACAAUAGCGCUCGCCUGUACUCUGAUUGUGUCACCUUGACCGACUUGACCCGGCUGGGCGAGCAAAAAUGUUUAUCCUGGAAAGCCUUGCACCUGGGCACCCUUUAAAACAAAGGAAGGUUCAAAUGAACCCUCACUGAAAUCAUAAAGUAUUACAAAAGAUAUACUUAGACAUAAAGAGAUAAAUAUUGGCCAAUAUAAGAAACCUUGAAAAAAUGUCAAUGACGUGACUUCAUUAUCAAGAAAAGACAUUUUGACACUGAGUUUAGAGACUUGGAACAUAGUGAUAACGCUACUUAGCUUGACUGGCCCAGGCAAUUACAACCGGUGUCUGGAAAUGGGUAUCGACAGAAUUUGAUUGUGUGAAAGUUAACAACAAGAGACGAGUCCAAAGAAUUUAAAAGUUACAACGAAAAAUGCAUUUUCUCCAGAGUUUCCAGCAUCUUAAAUAUUGGAGUUCGUCGACGUAUUUUUCCCGUUGGUGGUUGCUGGUUACGAGUCUAGUGACCGCAUGUCUGAGUCACUGUUCCACACACUUUUUGUCAGUCAACAUGCUAUGGCAGCUUUUCAGUAGUUUCUUUCGACCACAUUUAACCAAAGAUAUUCUUUUUUAUCUGCUCAAAUUCGUAAUUACGACGAACCAUUUAUUUAACAAAACUUAAUAAAGCUAACAUUGUAUUUGAACAAAUUUCAAAUAAAACAGCUUUGAGAUAGUUUCGAAGUUGAUAAUAACUGUAAAUUAAGAAACAUAUAUCGCUUCUUAUCAACAUCAUUUUAUAAUUACCGAUCUACCUCUCUCUAAACUGGUGAUUUAGUAAAUAACAACCUAGUUCGCCUUUGUUCUCAACCCCCUUUUUCACCAUAACUAUUUUAUUCUUUUCAUUUUCAACGUUUUUACAUUUUCAAUAAACAUAUAGCCACCACUAGUUGACAGAGAACUGUCAUGAAUAAAACGUAGUCCAAUUCGCCGUCUUUAGUUUUGAUUAAAAUUUCUUCCUUUUCACCUGGUAAACUGUUUGUUUUAGAUGCUUAUAAGAGGUCGACCUAUUGUUUAAGCUUAAAAGAAAAUAUAUUCAAAUUUGUGUUUGAUGAACCUGACAUCAUAUGAAUUUCCAGUUUUGUGUUAAGAAUCACAGUCUUGACUGAAAACGACUAGAUAUUCCACAUCCUUCGCGUGAUCGGCUCAAACGUUCUUAUACAUGAUUGCAAACAGGAAGAACGGAAGUCGAAACUGGGCGUUUAGUCCAAUGAUCAUUAUACUAGAAGAGGAAGCGUAGUGGAACAUAUUGUGAACUUCUGGAGAUUCAUAAUUCAUUUGGUCUCCCCGGUAAAGAAUCUUUCAUAGUCAAUCUCGUUCGAACACAAAUAACAUCUCCAGAUCCCAGUUAAGUUAUAUAGGACUAAAUCAACUGAACACUGCUCAGGGUCCACAGUGGAAAAGAUGGCAAGUACUUGGCAUGGCUUGCAUUCUACUCUUAUCAUUAACUGCGUCUUCAAUGCUUUCUUGUCUUCCACUGCCAUUGUUUUAAACAUCAUAACAAUACAAGCGCUCACAAAAACUUCGUCGUUGUUGAAGACUUUAAAAACAUUGCUACUAAGCCUGGCUGUUUCUGAUCUGGGUGUGGGCUUACUUGUCCAACCACUGUAUGUUGCAACUCUCGUGAUGAACAUAGAACAGAACUCCAACAACACUGCUUAUUAUACCAUAAACAAAGCCUAUGCAAUCCCCAAAAAGCUAUUGGUCUUGGCUUCGCAUCUUGGUGUUUUCGCGUUAACAGUUGACAGAUUCUUAGCAAUCCAUCUUCAUCUCAGAUACCAGGAACUUGUGACUUACAAACGUGUUGUUGCUGUAGUGAGUUCAGUCUGGGUGUUCACUGCAUCAAUUACCUUACUACGUCAGCUGUAUUCGGCUGUGGAUUCACGUAUUAUGCCAGCAACUAUUACAGUUGUUUGUAUCAUAACUACAGGAUUGCUUUAUUGCAAAAUAUACGCAGCCGUGAGACACCACACAAUUCAGAUUAACGCUCUGCAAGUACGACAAGUAGCACAGAAUAAAGAAAUGGCAGAUGCAGCGAGGCAGAGAAAAAUGGCACUUGCUACAUUUUACGUGUAUGUGGUGCUUUCAGUUUGCUAUCUCCCGAUAGCUUGUGUUGUUUUUGCCAAGAUCAAUGGUGAAACUGCCUUGUUAUAUCAUUUAGAGUAUUACACAUUGACUCUUGUGUAUCUCAACUCAUCCCUCAAUCCCUUGAUCUACUGUUGGAAGAUGAGACACAUUCGGCAAACUGUUAUGGAAAUACUGCGAAAUAUUUUUGCGAUUGAUUCUCACUAAAGAUAGGAUCUACGUCAGAAAAACUUCUUUGAGCAAUACAGAUGGAAAAAUGACACUUAAAAUAUAAAAAGAACCUAAAACUUCUUGGACCUUCUGUUUAAAAGCCUAAGAGAUAUGAUCGAGUAUGAUAAGUUUAUGAUAUUUUAGUGUGGAAUAAUUAACAGAUUAAGGAAACUCUGAAAUAUUAAUAUGUAGCAAAGUAAGAUAGAGGGUAAAAGUGCUAAGCGAAUUAGGACGAAUGAUUGUGACUUGAUAUAUAGAGUAAUAAAUAGUGGGCUGAGUUUUCUAAAUUUCUUGGGCAAAAAGAUCUGUGCACAGUUCAGAUCAGUUAAGGGUCGUAAAAGGUUUAAUGGAUUUUGUUAACCAUAGUGCAUGCAAUCAACAUAAAACGAAACAGUAAAAUAGAGUGGAAAGAGCAAAACUAUAUCAAUAAAUCUUGCAAACAAGAGUGAUAAAAAGACCAACCGUUAUAUAAUCAGGGGCAUCCAGCGCCUUUUUUCUGUAAAAUAACUGUUCGAAGAAGCAAAUAUUGCCUAGAAACUUCUAAAGCUCGUGAAAAGCCAAAACUUUCUGAAUAACCGUUCCAUUCGUCUACAAUAUUCGAACAUUUUCUAACAGCUUAACUACGACUUUCGGAGGUUGUGUUAGUCGCAUUUUAAUACCAAGAUAUUGCGAUUAUUGUUAAAAAAAGGUCUCCUAAAACUUUCGGAGCAACGACAAAACGUCCCGUUAAAAUUUUCGAAUGAGAGCAAGGCUACUUCAUGUCCUCGUACUUUCGACCGGACCCACAAGGGUAGCCAACACACACUUUCGGAUGAGACGAAAAAGCCACCUAAAACUUUCGUGACGACCAAAGUUCGCCUAAGACAUUCGAAGAGAGAAGUAGUGUUUAGGGCAACUCCAAAUUAUCCCAACAGGCUUCUAAAGCACAACGAAAACCAUUUGAUACACUUCUGGCGUAUUUGGAAACAUUUGGUCGUUGGGUGUUCCUGUAUAAUAAUAAUAAAAAAACAACAACAACCCUUGGUGUUCAUAGCUACUUUCGUAUUGCACUCCGAUAACCUCUAUUUGCACUCUAUAAGCCAUUUAUGCAUUCCUCAUCGACCAAUCAGAAAACUCAUAUUUUGUUGAGUAUAUAAGAAUAAUAAUAGUAAUAAUAAUAAUAAUAACAAUAAUAAUAAUACAGCCUUUUUUGAGAAGGAAGAAAACUAGUGGUAACAAAUAUAGUUGAAAAUAUAUUACAAUACUUGAAAUUAAUUCAUAUCAAUAAUAAAAGUUCCUGUACAAAAUUAUGAAAAUGUUAUAAAGAAUGGUAAAAAUGCACCGUUCAAUCAUGUUUCUUAAUUUGUCUAGUGAAGAAAUAUCUUAGUAAUAAGAUCGUGCAGCUUUUAAAAUUUUGGACUGGGAGAAAUUUAAAACUUCCUUCCACAGCUAAGGACACCGAUUGGAGUAAAUGAUGGCUAAUUGAAAUCAUAAUACCGUUUAAAACACCAUAAUAUCUGCUUCCUCCUCAGACGCUUCAUUUUCUUUGCAAACGUCGAUAAAAUGACUCCAUUAUGAAGCAAAGAGCUUCUUGCACUGAGAUUAGGGACUGAGAACCAAAAGGUUUGAGAAUGCAAUAAGUAACUGAAGUCUAGGAUUGACUGACCUUGACAGGUUGCUUUGUUCAAGUUGAGCGUCUUCUAAGCAACUAUCGAUACGUGCGUAAGAGGAAUUUAAAAUAACGCUGAAACUUUACAAAAGACCGUAUUUAAUAUUUUCGUAGGAAUUCAGUAAGAUGAUCGCUAAAUAAAAAUGAUGAUGAAGACGCUUAUGUGCACUGGCCGAGUAUAAAGCAGGGGUUAGUCCCUAUACGAGGCUAUCUUUUUAGAGUAAGGUGUUGUCGACUGAAUUAAUUUAUAUUUUUAUAAAACAGGUGGGGAGGAGGAGAAUUGCUUUCUUUACACAGGUUGAAAACUAAGAGGUUGGGGGAAGAGUUAAAGUGAUUCCAAAAAAGGAAAAUAAUUAAGUGAGUAACCGGAGAUAUGUAAAACGACAGACGAAUUAACAAUAAACAAAUAAAAAAUUUUAAACAAAUCGUUAUUUUUACUCGAUUGUUAAACUAAAAUGUGUAUUCUCCUACACACUGUUUUCCUGUUAGCUGGUUAGGAGCGCUAUUUCAUAAUCAUGGCAGUUUCUCAACAAUUUUUGUUUCAGUGGAGGGAGGAACAGUAUGCUCUUGAUUAUUUCGACUACGCAUUAAAUUGCGAGCAAUGAGGACUGACUUUCCUCAAUAUUACUAAAUAAAUCCUGAAGAAACUGGAGUUAAUAUGACUUAGGGUUCGUUAGUUGCAUCAGAUGAGUUUAAUUACCACGACCCAUUAAGUUAUUAAGUUAAUAAACCAUAGUACAGUCGACCCCCGAUAAUUCGAACCUUCAAGGGAAAUAGAAAAAAGUUCGAGUUAUCGAGAGUUCGAGUUAUCGAGGGUAAAAUUAUAUGAGAAAUGAUCUGAAGGGAACUGAAAAUUGCUUUGAGUUAACGGGAGGUUCGAGUUGUAGAGGGUUCGAGUUACUGGGAGUCGACUGUAUUUAACGUGACUUUCUUUUGAAACCUAGGCUAAGAAAGUUUUUUUAUGAGUAAUAAGUUUCUUCUCUCAACUCCUCAGAUUCGUCUUAGAUCACAGUUAAUCGAAAGUGGUAGAUAUUUUUUGCUUUUGUCCGGCAAACAUGUUGGAUUGGUCUCCGACCUAAUAGUUCGCACUUCCUCUAAACCAUCGCUAAACUUAGUUUCUGUUUGACUGUGUAUUUACGAUUCACUGCAAACCAGCUGCCGUUUCUACUUUAAUAUCGCGUCAGUAGUUUCAAAUAACUUUCUUCCAUUUGACUGACGAACUUCGGCAAUUACAAGCUCGACCUAUGGCGUUUCGGCUGAAAGGAAAAUGAAUUCAAAUUUCUGAGUGAUCAGGACGUCAUAUUCAAAUUCUGAAUCCCUUGCUGGUGAGAUUUCAGAUGUUAUGAGCACGACUUAGGGACUUUUUUACUAUUGACGCGGAAAAAUCAACAGCUCACUUUAACCCAACUGCCAUCGAAGGAAGAACAAUGGAACACUGAAACCUUUUUGGGAAUGUUCAGAGCGAAGAAUAAUUGACAGUGUCAGCCUUACUCAGAAAAGAAAACAUUUUCAAAGCUCUUCAAAAGUUCCAUACAAAACAGAUGGCAAUCGCUAACGGUUUGUGUACGUUUCUUGUCGUUAACUGCGUCAUCAACGCUAUCUUGUCUUUCACUGCCAUCGUGUUAAACAUCAUAACAAUACAAGCGCUCAGGACAACUUCGUCGUUGUCGAAGACUUUUAAAACAUUGCUACUAAGCCUUGCUAUCUCUGAUGUGGGUGUUGGUUUAGUUGUCCAGCCACUGUAUGUUGCAAGUCAUGCGAUGAUGAUAGAACAAAACACGAACAACAUUGCUUUUCAUGCAGUAGAAGAAGCGUAUUUCAUCCAGAGCAUAUUAUUUGCCUUUGCUUCGUUUUUUGGUGUUUUCGCUUUAACUGUUGACAGGUUCUUGGCGAUUCAUCUUCAUCUCAGAUAUCAGCAACUUGUGACAUACAAACGUGUUGUUGCCGUAGUGAUUUCAGUCUGGUUGUUAAGUGCAUUAAUUAGCUUCCUUAGUUCGAAUACAGGCGGUGUGCGCACUACGACUGCGAUGCAUUGUGGAUUCAAAAUUUUCAAGAUGGCGGCGAAGGUCGAGAAAUUUCGCAGGUUAUAUGCUUUAUUUUUCAAUAGAUACAGUUCUUUCCUUCGAUAGUUUUUCUCGAUUUCACAAGCUAAUAUUUGUUUACAUUUUUUCUGUGAAGAAAAACAAAUCAAUAUUCUUCAUUUCAAUCUAAAACGUGGAGCCCGAAGAUUCCUCCUGUAAGAGCAUGAAAUUUGAACCCGGUUUUUAAGAGGCUAUAAUUUCCAUUAUAUUGCCCGUCGAAAGUAGAGGAUAGUUGUAAGUGUUUCUACAAACCUUGUUCUACGCUAAUUUUUUAUCGCUCCCCAACGCGCCCCACGUUUUGUGAUACUUUUUCCGAAUUGAAACCGGCAUGUUUUCAUGGGAAAAUGUAGCCUCGCGAAGACCAAUGUGACAUGUUACGAAGUGUUACUGUUGUAAUCACAAGCUGAUCACAAAAUAGCGGGGCAGCGGCGACUGGUUCCUCCAAACAAUAGCAUUAGGUGAGCAUAAAAUGUUGGAAACUGGUAUAUAAAUAGGCUGAUGAGUACUCUGAUGUAGGAAUGUCUGUUUUUGUAAUAGGACUAAAAAGCAUAAUAAAAUUGCAGUCAUACAUGUGACUCUCUUGAUGCAGGUAUAAAAUCAGUAGGAUUAGAAUCACAGGUAUUAAAUUAAGAGAUAAGUUUGAUUAUACAGUUAAGCCCUGUGCAUUUUGAAACUAGCAAUCUACUUCCAAGAUUGGUGUGUGUUGUUGUGUGGAUGUUAUGACUUUGUCAGUUUCUUGCCUAGUCCCUGUUUUAUUCAGUGGUGAUUAGCCUCCGUAGCAGGCAUUUAAAAGGAAAGGGAGAGGGGUUUUGGGCACAAGAGAAAUGCGAAGAGUGCACGAGGAAGGAGGGAGUGAUUUCAACAUUCACCUGGUUGAUGUUUAUAAUGCAAAAAACAAUUAGCCUCCUGUAUGGCAGGCAUUUCCCUCCCUCCUUCCCUCACAUUUCUCUUGCACCAAGACCCACUUUCCCUUUUCUUUGAAGUGCCUGCCACACAGGCUAAGUGAUGUCAUUCAAUCUGUUUACCCGUUUACACUGUUUAAUAUAUAUCAAACAAUUUGCAUAUUUUGGUGGCUUUAGUUAAAAUAUAAAUUGCUUGAUCAUUGAAUGUACUUUUGAUAUUGGAAAACCAAGGCUGAAAAAAUGGUGGCAGGGAAAGGAAAUAGAAAAAUUGGAAGAAUGGGGCAGUAAAAUCAUGAGACUAAGAACCUGAAUUAACUAAGUAAGCCCAAACAGAUUCUUAUAUAAAUAGUAGUUAGCACAAGUUUAGGCUAUUUAGGUUUUUAAAUGGGUUCAUAUUUUCUGAAGUAAAAAUGUAGCUAAGAGUAUUUGCGUUUCACCUUAUUCCUCAUACAAAGUCUGCAUACCAAAUUAGAAGUUAUGUGAGAAUGGACAUAAAAAGAGGAAUGUAUUUAAAUUUAAACAUUGGCAUUUACAUUGCAGUUGGAGUGAUAAGACAGCUUUGUUUCCAUAGAAGAUUCUAAAUGUUGAUUUAUCUCUGCUCAAGUGUACAGAAUUUUUUCAUAGAUUUCAAGAAUAAGAACCUGUUUCAAAUUUUAGGCUAAACAGGUUUUUAUAUAGAGGGGGCUCAUCUGGUAUAAUUUUAUUUUAGCUGAACAGGUUCUUGAAAUUCAGGUUCUAAGUCGGGGGGUUUUACUGUACCACUAGGAUCCACCUCUGCAAUAACUAGUAACCCAAAAGCCCUCUUUACGGACAACCGCUUCAUACAGACACCUGAUCAAGGCUGUGCUCUAGCAGAGCCCUGUGGCCCCUGGCACCUAACUUUUGCUUUUGGGUGACUAGAAAAUCUCAGACUUUUCAUACAAAUCAUAUGCUGGGCAGCCUAGAUUUUACAGGUUCAGAGAACUACGCUCCUUUCAAUGUUCCUUAGAGCACAGCCUUGCUCAUCAUUACAGAUAGCUUGCUUUGUUCCCUGGAAAAAAGCCCUUAAAUUUUCUCUAAAUUAAGAUGGUUAAUUUCUACGGUUCCCUCAGUGUCUGUAUAACAGAGUUGACUGUGAGUAUGAUGAGACCUAUGACACCAUAUUUAAAUUAUAAAAUUGGGGUGAGGAGAAAGGAAAGGGGUCUCAAGCUAUGUUGCCCCAGCCCUGAUUACAGGAGAUUUGUAAACAUGUAUGAAUUUCACAUUUUGAAGAGUUUUUAUAAUCCAAAAAAAUAUGUGAUAACAUGUGUUUGUACAUACUGACACAAUCAUUAAACAAAUAUUGGCUGCAGCUUUUAAAAUCUAUUGACUGCAUCAGGCUUUGUAAUCACAAAUAUGCCAUUUUCAGUUUCAAUCCAGUUAUAAGACAUUCUAUGACUCAUACCAAUAGAAAAAUAUGGCAAAUAAAGAUGCUCAAUAUUAUAUUAUCUAUAAAGAGGACACAAGUUCACUGUACACAAAUACUCUCUACUUUAUUUACUUGUCUUCAUGUGAUGAUAAAUACAGAUGUUAAGCAAAACGAAAUGCAGACUUGGUGCCAACAGAGAAACAAGUGCUCGAAACGAUGACCCCCUCAACUUCGAUUCUCUUAUUACAGCUAGCAAGUGAACAUCUUGCAAUGCUGAAUGACAAAACAAAAUAAGCUCACUGUGUUUAAAUACCGUUGCCGGGUAUUCUGAAGAAGCUCCUAGUAUUUUAUGAGUAUAUCACAGCUAUGCACAUCAGUACCUCUUAGCACUAGUAGCACUGAUUUCACGGUGAAUUCAAAAAUGUUCGGCGAACCGCGGGUCUUACCUCCAGUGCUUUUCAUGAUUGAAGCAUUGAACAAAGCGUUUCUGUGCCGACUUUUCUCGGUCAGUUGCAAACAGGAUACAAGUGAUUACGAACAAAAUACACCAGAAUACACUUAUCAACGGAAUGAGACUGUUUUUUCCCUGAGAAUUGGACAGACUUUCUUUUUCAAGGGCUUCCGGAGGACAUUCAAAGCAAAAUCGUAUAUAUCUACAGCGUAAUUAACGAAUAUUCACUCCGCAGUCGUGAUGUUCACUCCACGCCAUCUUGAGACAAAUGAUCAGAUUUUGAAUACCGCCCAUGAUGCUUAGCGAUCGUAGUGCGCACACCGCCUGGUUCGAAUAUGGCUCAAGUGGCUUUGUCCAUUGUAUUAGGA